GGUUGGUUGGGUUACCGACUUUUCCUUUCCCCGUUCUUUCUUCUACCCCUGCUUCUCUUAACGACCAAGGUUUCUAACAGCCAAUCGCUCUCUCCUCCCUUGGAUCCUUAUAUAUUCCGGAUCAACUUUUCCCCUGAGCCCAUCUCACGAAUACGAACAGCCAUGGAUUUCUCUGAUGCUACUUCCUAUCCCUUCUCUUCCUCUUCUUCUACUCUUUCUGGAAACAGGGGUGGCAGGGGAAGAGACAGGUGGUGCUCCGUGGGUUCCCGAAUAGCAGGAAGACUCUUCUGUGGCAUGGUUACAUGCAUCUUUGCCAUAGUGGGUUUAUUUGUAGGGGCGGUGACUGGCGGUUUGAUAGGCCUAGCAACGGAGAGCGGUGUAUUCCGGGGGAUUGGAGUUGGAGCUAUUUCUGGAGCUCUUUUCUCCAUGGAAGUUGUUGAAAAAUCUGUGACCCUGUGGCGUUCCAAUGAAUCAGGAAUCUUGAGUAUCCUGUAUGUGAUUGACAUAAUCUGUAGUCUUUUGAGUGGAAGGCUUGUUCGCGACAAGGUCAAUCCAGCAGUGCAGAGUGCAGUGCAGAGUCAGAUGAGUGCUGUGAGCUCACCCUUCAGAGAGGCUCUCGAUAUCUUCGAAACUGGGGGUGUGAAAGGCAUGGAAAAGGCUUCUGUGGACAGGCUCCCCAAGAUCAAAAUCACAAUGGAGGACAAUGUGGAUGCCUCCGGGGAGAGAAUUGUGUGUGCUGUCUGCCUUCAGGACUUUCAGACUGGAGAAACAGCAAGGAGCUUGCCUCAUUGCCGGCACAUCUUCCACUUACCAUGCAUUGAUAGCUGGCUCAUCAAGCAUGGUUCUUGUCCACUAUGUAGGCGCGAUUUCUAGUCUCAUUUUGUAAAUUAUGGCUGAGAUGAAGACUAGUAGUUUUUAUUGACCAUUCUGUAAAUCAUAAGAGCAUGAUGUGUGCAUGUUCUUGUUCGUAUGAAUCAUUUCGUUAUUUCAUUGAUAAAUUUUGCUUCUUGCCAGAACUGAACGUCCAAUUAUAGAUACUAGAAAGAAUGAUCUAUGAACAUCUUGACACCAAUUUCCCUAUAGUCUUGCAAGUUUGGCAAUCUAAAGAAUUCAAUCAGAGUUCAUAUCA